AUGAGGACGCUCAGCGAGGGAGAUGCUGCGGUCUUUCUGGGAGUCCAGGUCGGCUUCAAUAUCGUGCCACCGAUGUCCACGUUGGCCGAUAUUACCGACCUGGGCCUUAGGAUAGUGCGCAGCAAACUUGCACCAUGGCAGCGGCUCGACGCGCUAAAAACAUUCUUUUACCCGGCGGCCACCUUUUCCCAAAGGUUCAGCGAGUUUAAAAAGACAGAUUGGGAGACGGUCGACCGAAUUAUGCGGCCGGAAAUCAAAUCCACGCUCGGGUUACCGCAGGAGGCGAGUAAUGAUUAUCUGUACGGCUCGGCAGCUGGUGGAGCGUGUGCGAUCCGUAUGUUGGCCGAGGAUGCUGACAUAGCUGCGGUCGACAGCGCGUUUAAACUCCUCACCUCGCCGGAUCAUCGCGUGUUAGCGGACGCGUGGACCCACCUCAAGGAGGUGGUCAGCAGUAAGGCGGGUAGACCCGCGGACGUUCCGCUGGCGGGCGACUUCCUCUCGGGAAGUAUGGAUGGUGACUUGGCGUCGGCGCGGUCACGGACCGGAGUGAAAUCGGUGUGGUCGAAUGCUCGUAAUGCUUCUCGGCGAAUAAAUGUUACAUGGAACCCGGAAGGCGACGCCGUUACGAUCCGGAGGAGAGGACCAACGAUGCGGCCGAAGCAACGCCACGAGGUUAUGAAAACGUUACGUGAAGAGUUGCGGAUGGAACGGAGCGAGUCGCUCCGCGCUAAGCCUGACCAAGGUCGGGCGAUGGAGUGUGUUGCGGCGCACCGAGCGUCAUCACACUUCAUACGCGCGGGCGACUACACCAGGUUCGCCGACUGGCGUUUCAUUCACCGGGCACGGCUCAAUCUCGUGGCGCUGAACGGGUCAGCGUCGUGGCGGUCUGGCGACCGCAGUUGUCGGCGAUGUGGGUAUAUUACUGAAAGCCUAGCCCACGUCGUUGACCACUGCUGGCGCUAUGCCGCCAUGUACAUGGCCCGCCACAAUGCGGUUGUAGCGAGAAUUAAGAAGGCGGCGGAACCCAAAUUCGAAAUUCUGAGCGAGAACCAGGUGAUCGGGAGCGGAGGACUGCGGCCCGACCUGGUGCUCAGGCGUGACGGUCGGGUUUAUAUCGUCGACGUGACGAUCCCGGCCGAAAACCGCGUUGCAUCGUUCAAAACAGCCGCCGACGGGAAACGUGCGAAAUAUGAAGAUUUACGGGCCGAGUUGGCCGAGGCUAAUGCAGGAGCAGUGGUGUACCCAGUGGUAGUGGGUGCACUCGGGUCUUGGGACCCGAGCAACGAUCUGCUCCUGCAGAAGCUGUGUGCGCGGUCAUACGCUUCGCUGUUGCGAAAACUGUGCGUCAGUGAGGUGAUUGGAUACACUCGAGAUAUAUACAUCGAGCACCUCACUGACGUACGGCAGCGGCAGCUGUAG